UGGAAGAAGGUUUUCGAAAAUUCACGGUUGAUUUUUGUUGUGUUCAGUGAGUCUACGAUAGAUUUCGAAGGUCUGUGAUAACUGUUAAAUGAACCACGAUGUCGAAUGAUAUCUAUUAUUCGAAAAAAUACUAUGACGACAAAUACGAGUACAGGCACGUGGUAUUGCCCAAGGAGUUGGUGAAGUUUGUGUCAAGUACUCAUCUGCUCUCUGAACAAGAGUGGAGAGCUAUUGGUGUUCAACAAAGUCAAGGAUGGGUACAUUAUAUGAUUCAUAAACCAGAGCCACACAUUUUACUCUUUAAGAGAAAAAUAACAUCUCCACCGCCAGAGAAUAAAUGUCUUUAAUAUCACUGUACCAAUUUGUAAAUAAUGUUUCAGAUCAUUGUUAAUAUUCAUAGAACAGUUCAACUAUCACAGCAAACCAUCCUAUUGACUUAAAAAAAAUUGGUAUUGUAGUACCGAAAUUAGUAUUAUAUACAUACAUAUUGCAUCUGGUAAAUCUAAAAGACAUAAUAGCAAGCUUUGUUUCUUGAAUUCUUCAUUACAACAUGAAUGGUGGCAUUCCGUUUUCAUUGUUAGCAAGUCAUUCAUAAUAGCAAAUAUUCUGUAUAUAUGUCUAUAUAGUGCCUUAGUUCUUAAUUGCAGUUUACAUAGUUCUUAAUUUUCGAAUUACCACAACAACUUGGUAUUUCAUUCGAUGUAACAGAAGCGAAAACAUUGAAAUAUUCUAGUGUUUUUCUAAAAGUCAUACAUCCGAAAUGGAAUUGACCAUUCCAUUCGGAAUUUAUCGAAUAAGGAAAAGCCCCCAUGAUUUUGUGAUUACAGUGCCUUGCACGAAUGUGCUAAUCUUCGUUAAUUGUUAAGGUAUACUUUAAUUCUGCAUAUAGAAUAUCAUUCCUUAUGUUUAACAAGAAUGAUGUAUUAAAAGCAAGUAUGUUUUUAAGUUUUAAGUUCAAUAACGAUAUGGAUAUUAAUUAGAGAUUCCAUUACUAAGUGUCAAAUUCCGCGUUUAU